AUGAAGAUGGAGCAUAAUCCUGCAACUCCCAAGGAGGAGAUUCCCAGCCAGCUGCAGGAUCCCCUGGAGAGGAGAAGGUUGCAGAACCGCCUUUCUCAAAGAAAUCACCGUCGCAAAAUCAGAGAUCGAAUUGCAAAGCUCCAAGAGCGCGUCAUUGCUAAUGAACUCAGAGCAGCAGCAGCCAGCGGCUUGGAUCAGCAAUAUAUACCGUCACCUUUGCCACACAACACACACACAGCGCUAUCCGAAAAUGAUCUUGGGUUUAUUUCCCGAGGUGUUUCUCCCCUAGGAAUAGAGCCAUCCACGCCUUUCAUGCCGUCAUACCCCAUUCUCUCAUCCACUUCGUGGCCGAGUGAUUUCAACGCCUUCCCCACAGCUGGCUAUCAUGGAGAAUUGCCACCCUAUCUUGGAGGAGGAAUCUUGACCCAUUCAAAUGGGAUGCCAUCGUCCACUACAGCUGGUCUGGGUGAAGAUACAUACCGAGAUACUAUUCUACCCACUGGAGAGGCCUUGCCGCCAGAUUCAUUACUUGCACUGCAGGAAAACCAGCCUUCUUACUAUGUUGCAACUGCAGAGGCCGCGCUCCCCCAAAUUCUCCAGGUUAUCAACACCACGUCACCUCAGUCAAAGGUAAUUGUCUUGGUUCCUCCAACGUCUCCGGCAUCCGCAUGUAUACCAUCUUUUCCGCCAUCAAACUCAUACACUAGAUUUGAAAAUCCUGCUACGGUGGCGCAACAAACUCCGCCCAGACUGACUUGUCUUUGCCACCCUCAGAACAUACAUUAUAGGUCUUGGAUGGAUGCGGGAUCAUACAUGCAAGAAUGUCCUAUACAUAAGUUUUCGAAUUCCUCGGCAGGGGGUUUUCCUGUUAGAAUGCUGUAA